CUCGCUUGUGUAGUGUGUGGGCUGGGGUUAGUGGGGGCUCUUAUCUUAGCCGCACUUGGUCCGCACUUGGGCUCGGUGGGCUUUUGUGUCCGGCUUUUGCUUUGCUUUGUGUGUGGGAGUUUUUGCUUUGCUCUGCGGCGCUCCUCCCGGGCGGGAACCGUGAGGCUCAGAGGCGACAGCGCGGUCCCCCCCGCCCCCGGGCAAGGAGCGAGCGCGCCGGCGUGAGCGGCGGGUGUGAAGGCUGCGGGGAAAGGGAUUCGUCGCAGAGAUGCCGGAGUUCCUGGAGGACCCCUCGGUCCUGACGAAAGAGAAGUUGAAGAGUGAGUUGGUCGCCAACAAUGUGACGCUCCCGGUCGGGGAGCAGCGCAAAGACGUAUACGUGCAGCUCUACCUGCAGCACCUCACGGCGCGCAACCGGCCGCCGCUCGCCGCGGGCGCCAACAGCAAGGGGCCUCCGGACUUCUCCAGCGACGAGGAGCGCGAGCCCACCCCAGUCCUCGGCUCCGGAGCCGCGGUCGCAGGCCGCAGCCGAGCCGCCGUCGGCAGGAAAGCCACAAAGAAAACUGAUAAACCCAGACUAGAAGAUAAAGAUGAUCUAGAUGUAACAGAGCUCACUAAUGAAGAUCUUUUGGAUCAGCUUGUGAAAUAUGGAGUGAAUCCUGGUCCUAUUGUGGGAACAACCAGAAAGCUAUAUGAGAAAAAACUGUUGAAACUGAGGGAACAGGGAACAGAGUCAAGAUCGUCAACUCCUCUGCCAACGAUUUCUUCAUCAGCAGAAAAUAUGAGACAGAAUGGAAGUAAUGACUCGGACAGAUACAGUGACAAUGAAGAAGACUCUAAAAUAGAGCUCAAGCUUGAGAAGAGAGAACCACUAAAGGGCAGAGCAAAGACUCCAGUAACACUCAAGCAAAGAAGAGUUGAACACAAUCAGAGCUAUUCUCAAGCUGGAAUAACUGAGACUGAAUGGACAAGUGGAUCUUCAAAAGGCGGACCUCUGCAGGCAUUAACUAGGGAAUCCACAAGAGGGUCAAGAAGAACUCCAAGGAAAAGGGUGGAAACUUCAGAGCAUUUUCGUAUAGAUGGUGCAAUAAUUUCAGAGAGUACUCCCAUAGCUGAAACUAUAAUGGCUUCAAGCAACGAAACCUUAGUUGUCAAUAGGGUGACUGGAAAUUUCAAGCAUGCAGCUCCUAUUCUGCCAAUCACUGAAUUCUCAGACAUACCCAGAAGAACACCAAAGAAACCAUUGACAAGAGCUGAAGUGGGAGAAAAAACAGAGGAAAGAAGAAUAGAAAGGGAUAUUCUUAAGGAAAUGUUUCCCUUUGAAGCAUCUACACCAACAGGAAUUAGUGCUAGUUGCCGCAGACCAAUCAAAGGGGCUGCCGGCCGGCCAUUAGAACUCAGUGAUUUCAGGAUGGAAGAAUCUUUUUCAUCUAAAUAUAUUCCUAAAUAUGUUCCCUUGGCAGAUGUCAAGUCAGAAAAGACAAAAAAGGGACGCUCUAUUCCCAUGUGGAUAAAAAUUUUGCUGUUUGUUAUUGUGGCCAUUUUUUUGUUUUUGGUCUAUCAAGCUAUGGAAACCAACCAAGGAAAUCCGUUCAUUAAUUUUCUUUCUAAUAGCUCUGGAAAAUCCAACUGAAUGAUAUCUCUUUGGCACACUCAAUUUGGUCUCCUUAUUUUUUCUAAUAACUGUAUAAAAAAAAAUUUGUGUAUACUUGUUGACUUGAGAACUAAAAAUAAUGUGAUUUCACCUGAAUAAAUGUAGUAUUCCAUUGAAAAGCAAAGCAGGAUAUAUAAAUGGACUUCAUUUAAAUGUUUUGGACUUUGGACUAGUAGGAGAUCACCUCGUGCCAUAUAAUCUUUUUUAGCUCUGGAACUUUUUUGUAGGCUUUAUUUUUUUAAUGUGGACAUCUUAUUUCACUUUUGAGAAAAAUGUAUAUUGUUUUUGUGUAUUUGGGAAACAAGGGCAAAACAUGAUAGUAUAAUGUGAAGCUACACAUUUAAAUACUUUGAAUUCUUACAGAAAAGAUUUUAAGAAUUCUCUGCUGUAUAAAAACUUUACAGAUAUGUGAAACAUGAAAUUUGGUAAGAAAAAACAUAACUUGGGUUGUACUUUUUGUAAUUGCCAUAGGUUUGAUGUGUUUAUGGGGGAACAUACAGCAAUAAUCUCUUCUGUAACUUUUAUUAAUAGUAAUUAUUAUAGCCCUAUUGUACUCACUUUUUAAAAGAUUUCUAGUAUCAUGAAUGUCCUACUUCAGUAAGACCCAUUUAAAUGCUGUUGAUAUUUUAGCAGGGAUCUUUAGCGCAACAUACACGUUUUAGAGAACUGUUAGCUGGCUGUACAUGUUUUUAGAAACUGUUUAGCUAGCUAUAAGGCUGUAAUUGGAAACCUGUACUUUUUAUUUACAGUGAGACAUUCUGUCCAAAUAUUUCUUAGAUAAAUAAGUGUGUGUCUGUUUAGAAGUUAGAAACUUUAAACACUGGUCUUAGGUUCCAUUUGGGUUUAUUAUUGCAUUGUCUUCUGUUAACCAAAAACAAAAUUUGCCUGGUUUUUUUUGCCCAAUAUUUCCCAACAAAAUUUGAUUUAAGUGCAGAAAGUAUUUACUUUGAAAUGACAUAGUAAGCUUUUCUUAGAUACAAAGUAGUUAAUACAUAAAUUUGUAAACUUUGAAUAUGAAGUGGGCAUUAUGAUUUUUGUAUACUCUUGAAAUGGUUAACUUAUCUUUGUGGUUGAUUUAUUUUAUUUUUUAGCUAAAACUUACCUCAUGUAUAACUUGGUUAAGUAAAAUAGUAGGUAAUUGAAAUUUUAGUAGAAUCAAGUAAAACAAAAAUUCAUUUGAAUUUCAACUUCACAGUCAUUGACCAUAAAGCACACUAAAGAUGUAAGUUAUUUUAAAUAUCAUCUGGAAUAAAAAGAUACUUUUAAAGUAAAAAGCUUAAUAUGUAUAUUUAGACCACACAAUUUUGAUUUCAUUAGCUGUAUUCUGAUAUUUAGCUUCUAAAUAUCUUGUAGACAUUUUUCACUUACUUUACAGUUGAUCGGAAACAUUUGGUAGGUCUGGUCCCACAGGGGAGUGGAAAACUUACUCCUAGAUCAGAAAUGCUUGCCUCUUUGAGUAAAAGUGUUUCUUUGAAAUGAGCCACAGAGGGGGCACAUUUUACUCAUCUUUUCUACAGUACAGUAAUAGCAGUCUAGUUUUUCUUGUUUCUAAACUUUGCUUCCCAUAUAGUUUUCAAUCUUUUUUUUAUUAUUAGAAAUUGUGAGAAACAUUUAAUGAUUAAAAAUAUGGGAAGAUAAUCAAACUUAUAUGUGUGUAAGAUCAAUUUUCUAAUAGGAAAGGUAUGGUCCAAAAUAGUAAAAAGUAGGACCAGGUAAAAUAUUUAGUCUUUUUUUUUUUUUUUUUUUUUUUUUAAUGUGUACUUGGUCUUUUGUCUGUGUCUGUUUUAUUCCACUAGAAUAAAUGUGUCCUUGAUGUAAAUGCAAAGCAUUUCUUCCUGAUUAAAUUGUAGAUGUAGACUUUACAAUAUAAUUCAAUAAUAAAAAAGUAAUUAACCUCUAGUUUUGUCAUUGUAAUAAAUGCUUUUUAGAUAGCACAAACUAUAAGAUGCCUGAUAACAUUUCUUAUGUGAUGUUUAUGGAUUGUCGAGUUUUAGUUCUUGUUUCAGUUUGCUCCUUAAUGUUUUGCUUCUAAUCAUUUCAUAAUCAGCUCCUCGUUUGUUCACGGGUAAGCAGCGUAUAGCCAUUAUACUCACAGAAUGAUACAGGGAAGCUUCCAGAGGCACCUCCCCAACUCUACAAUAUAGUGAUAUAGAACAAUAUAACAUCCUUUUCUAAGUUAGUACUUAAUCUCUGACACUCACUGUUAGUCUUGCUUUGAGA